AUGAGAAAUGGUUCCAUUGUAAAUGAAUUCAUCUUACUUGGUUUUUCUGUUCCACAUUGGUCACGUCUGCCUCUUUCCUUCUGUUUCAUGUUGCUUUAUGCCUUUAUUAUAUGUGGCAAUGUCUUGAUCAUCAUUCUUGUAAAAACAGAAGCAAAGCUGCACACUCCAAUGUAUUUUUUCAUAGCAAAUUUCUCCUUUCUGGAGCUAUGGUACACUACGGUAACUGUACCAAGAACAAUACGAGAUCUAAUAGUGGAUGAUACAUCUAUGCUCUUCAUUUCCUGCAUUUUUCAGUUCUAUUUUGUUAUGGUCUGUGGGGGUAAUGAACAUUGUCUUCUAGCAGUUUUAUCGUAUGACAGGUUUAUUGCUAUCUGCCACCCUCUGCAUUACAGUACGCUUAUGAGACCAAGGACAUGUGUACAGCUAAUUGGUGGAGCCUGGAUCAUAAGUUUUGCAGUUCCUGCUUCUACUGCAUUCGCCCUCUUCAAAGCUAGAUAUUGUGAUGACAGCAUUGAUCAUUUUUUCUGUGAUAUUUCUCCGUUGUUGCAGAUAGUAUGCAGAGAAAGUGCAAAAGCAGGAAUAGUUUUCUAUAUGUUGGCUGCUGUUAUUAUUCUAAGUUGCUUUUUUAUGAUAUGUCUAUCCUACUCAUUUAUUGUGUAUACUGUGCUCAGCAUAAAAUCACAUGAAGGACGUCAACAGGCUUUCACAACCUGCGCUUCCCACAUUACUGUGGUUUUGAUUUUUUACAGUUCUUGCAUCUUCAUGUACAUUAGACCAAGUGCCCAUAAAACUUUUCAUGGAGAUAAAUUUGUAUCACUAGUUUAUACUCUUGUUGCACCUUUGUUAAAUCCUAUGAUAUAUACGUUCAGAAACCGGGCAAUGAAAGCUGCUAUAAGAAAGAAAUUUAAUAUCCAAACAAAAUUAAUAUUAAUGGUCAGAAAUAUUAGGGGGUUCACAGGAAGGACACUGACAAUAUAG